AGAGAAAAAAAAAACACUUUAAACGGUUUUUUUUUGUUUGGUUUCAUUUAAUUUCUUCACAUUUUCUAUUUCAGUAUCCUCGUAAAAUUAAAAUUUUCGAGACAUCUAAUUUGCAUGGAACAUCGUUUUGUUGUUGUUGUUGUUGUUGACGUGUGUAAUGUCCUAACCGUCUUGUCCUCAAAAUUCUGUUGUUUGGCUUUAUUAUGGUAACAUCGUAAAAGAUUGACUAACCGAGUUUUUUUAGCAUAUGGAAAUCAUUUAACUUCAAAAAUAUCCAAUUAUCCAUGCUUACAUUGAUAAAAUGCAUAAUUAAACUGAAGAAACGGAAUUACAAGGCUUCAGUAUUCAGCUAGGACAAAUGUUAGACAUAGCGAAAUGAAAAAUUCUUCUCUAAAUUCGAGGCUUCAUGCCAUUUGUAUAAUAGAAGUCAAGACUUCACCCUCCACCCCCUGCAGUUAUCCUUAUUCAGCUAGGACCAGUGUUAGCCAUAGUGAAAUGAACAUUCUUCUCAUCCCUCAGAUUUUAUAUGGUUAUCAUUUGAUAUCUACAUCAACUAAAAAAUUAUAUGUAUUAAUCAUUUAACCUCAAUCCAUAACACGUUUGAAACCUCAUAAAUUUCAGGGUCGGUCCUCUCUAUCCAGCCGCAUAACUUUCUUAUAUAUCUCCCAAUUUGAUAUUCACUUCUUGUCGACCAGUUUCUCUUUGUUGAUCCCGUAUCUUAUCUUUUGGAUUAUAGAAGAUUCGGAGCUGCAAUCUUAUUAUUUGAAGUCAGAAACCACAUAACUUGAUACUAUUAGUUUUGUCCCACCUAUUGUAAUAAACAUGUAGGCUACACGGCACAUGUAAUAAGCUACAGCUAGAAUGAAAGAAAACACGGUGCAUGGCUCCUACCGGUGAAGGAUUGUUCCUCGUUUUGAUAAAUUUGGAUUAUAUGGGUAAGAAAUCUCGUAGGCACUUACUUCAAUAUUGUUGGAUUGCGUCUAAAAAUAGAAAGGAAUUGCUGAGUCAGGAGGAGAUAUUCGCUACGUAGUUUCCGGAUAAAGGAGUGUUCGAUUACUUUAAGUGACCCCAUAAUAUCACAAAACAAAACAAAAUCUGGCUUACGUUACAUCAUUAUCAGACCAAUUCUUCUUAAUCACUACUUAAUCCCAACCCAUAUAUUUAUCCAACUUCACAAAGCUCUGGCCUGGUGGUUACAUUGAACUUCACAAAGCUCAGGGUUUUGUUCGUUUGGUUGAACACUAUGAAGAAAGUUAAGAUCUUUAUGAUCUUUCUCUGUUUUAACGCAGCGUUCUUUCUAGUGUCCGCUGAGCCACAAACAUGUCCUGCGGAUUCAGGAGGGAAAAAAAAAAAAAAAAAAAAAAAAAAAAAAAAGGAUUCAGGAGGGAAGUGUAGUGGCUCUGAUGAUUGGGAAGGAGAGUUCUUCCCUGAGAUCCCUCAUAUUAAGUAUGAGUUAAGCGAUCAAAACCAUUUCUUUGUGGGUAGUAGGUACUAGUUUAGAUUCUAGUACUUGUUUAUUUGCAUGUGUAGAUUGCUUUGGUUGUUAACGACUUGUUACAGGGACCUAAUAGCAGUAACCCACUUGCUUACAAGUGGUAUAACGCAGAAGAGGAGAUUCUCGGCAAGAAAAUGAAUGAUUGGUUUAGAUUCAGUGUUGCGUUUUGGCUUACUUUCCGUGGGACUGGAGGUGACCCCUUUGGUGCUGCUACCAAGUAUUGGCCCUGGGAAGAUGGUACCAACUCCGUUGCUAUGGUUAAGAGAAGAAUGAGAGCCAACUUUGAGUUUUUGAAGAAACUUGGAGUUGAUUGGUGGUGUUUCCAUGACAGAGACAUUGCCCCUGAUGGCAAUACACUUGAGGAAUCUAACAAAAACUUGGAUGAAGUUAUUGAACUUGCCAAAGAACUCCAAAAGGCGAUUCAUGAACCAAGAUUAGACCAUUGUGGGGAACGGCUCAGCUUUUCUUGCAUCCUCGAUACAUGCACGGAGGAGCAACUAGCUCUGAGGUUGGAGUCUAUGCCUAAGCUGCUGCGCAAUUGAAGAAGGCCAUGGAGGUGACACAUUACUUGGGCGGUGAAAACUAUGUAUUCUGGGGUGGUCGUGAAGGUUACCAGACGCUCUUGAACACUGAUAUGGGAAGAGAGCUUGAUCAUAUGGCCAGGUUCUUUCAAGCUGCUGUUGCUUACAAGAAAAAGAUUGGAUUCAACGGUAUGUCUUUAGUCUUCUUCUUUUUCUGUCCAUCACUGAUAGCCUACGGCUAUUGACCGAACCUCCCGAACUAAAUUAAAAAGUUUGGUUUUCGGUUCAAUUCGGUUAGGAGGUUCGGUUCGAUUCGGGAAGUAAAAAGAAAUUAGUUUUUGGUUCGGUUUGGUUUAGUUAAUUCGUUUUUUAAAGUAGAAACUAUACCCACCUUAACCAAAAUUUUGAACCAAAAUAAACAAAUUUAACUUCUUCCUUUUUUUUUUAUUUUUAACAAAUUUAAACCUAAAAUUAACCGAAUUCAAAAACUUUGGUAGAAAUUUUUGAAAUUGAACUAACGAAAACCAGAAAUUUUCGAAUUCAAUACAGCGAGACUUCUACCAAACUAAACUAACUGAAUUUCGAACUAACCGACCCGACUCGAAAAAAAACAAAUAUCCGAAUCCGCAGGCCUAACUACUGGUAUGUGAUAUAAUCUUGUUAUCGUCGGGCACACUUCUAAUCGAGCCCAAGCUUCAAGAACCAACCAAGCACCAGUAUGACUGGGAUGCUGCAACAUCUGCCAAUUUCCUGAGGAAAUACGAACUUAUUAACGAGUUUAAACUCAACAUUGAGUGUAACCACGCCACGCUGUCCGGACACACCUGUCAUCACGUUAGAGAAAUUAACCUAAGUUUGUAUAUGUAUUAUAUUAUGAUACCGUUGGAGUCUUACUACGAAGUCGAGUAAGUUUUUGUGCCUCAUAGCAAAAAUAAAUGCUGAAAAAGUACUUGCCGCUCAAUUUAGCAACUUCAGGUAUUUGUUGACAAAAACUUAGAAACAAAGAUAACAAUAGUUGAGAAAGUAUAUAUGGACUAGGUAUCCGUAUAAUUGCUAUGAAAUAGUUGUGAUAGACUUUGUUUUUUUUUUCAUUUCUAAUUUGCGACGACCCCAUUUACAUAUUACAAUAAUCGUGUCUAUUUGUCGUCACACGAAUGAUGAAUCUAAUUGCUACAUACUUUGUUGUUGACGAAUUAAGUUUAUAUAUGUAUUAUGUAUAUACUGAUAAAAUGGUCGGCAAAAAGUAUUAAGUCUUUUCUUUUGUCGAUUUGUGGCCGAAAGUCGAGUCUCGUGAAAGGUCUCAUUAUAACAAAUGAUAAUGUUAAUUAUAUGCAUUAUUAAUACUUUACCCAUA